AUGCCAGAGCCUUUAACUACAAAAUUUCAUAAACCAACGACUCUUUCGUAUGCCUCUAAAUUAACUACAAAAUUCCAUAAACCAACGGCUCUUUCGUAUGCAUUUAACUACAAAAUUUCAUAAACCAACGGCUCUUUCGUAUAUGCGUUUAUAAAUUAACUACAAUAUUUCGCACAUGCGCAGACUAAAAACUGUCACACUAAACUUUUUUAUGGCAAUAUUUCGCACAUGCGCAGACUAAAAACUGUCACACUAAACUUUUUUAUGGUUUAUAACAUAGUGGUUAGCUGCGCAUGCGCAGGCUAACCACACAAAGUCGUGUUCCGUAUACUGUACAUAACGUUUCGUUUUUACUUGAACCACUCACAAUUAUAUCUCCAAUAUCUACUUGUAUUUUCUUUUUAGAGUAACAGUGACCACGUCCUGUCAACUACGCUUUCAUCUGUAUCCCCAUGAUCAUCAAUCAUGUGCAUUGAUUGUAGAAAGUUGUAAGUUUGACAUCUUGAAAGAUAUGUAUAUGAAUGUUAUAACUCAAAUUCAAAUUUUCCAAUGGCCAGGAAAACAGCAUUUGGAUUAUUAACGAGAUUUUUCGUGGUUUUUAUCCCUGCUCUCAGUUGCCGAGUGUUAAAUGAGAUAUUUUUAAUCACUGGGGAUAGGAUUAAAAAAAUAAAAUCUAACUUCUUAACAUGAAAUGUUUAUUUCAGAUGGUUACAAGGUAGAAGAUGCAGUAUACUUCUGGAACGAUAGGCGCGACAAUACAUCAGCAGUAGUUAUACCAAGUGAUCUCAGUUUUCUACAAUACGAAAUGACUGAACUCGUACUAACUGAGAAGAAUAACACAUAUAAUGCUGGUACAUCAAUUCAAAUUUCUUAUACACGAUGUUUUUUGCAAGCAACGAAACAGCUAUAACAAACCAACAAACAAUUGCAAACAGACAAACAAACAAAUAAACCCAGUGAACCUUAAAAAAUUAGACAAAUGCUAUCAACUGAUAGUCAAGAGAGUAUUAGUUAUCCUCAAGACAGCAUGUGUUGCAAGCACAGAAAAUAAGUCCUGCAUCCAUACAAACACAAGACCCCAACAUGCUUAAGUUUAAGUAUAAUUCUUCCUAUGGACGUCAAGCCUUGUCUUAACUUUCUGAAACUAUAUUUAAUUAAUUAAUAGAAUGGUUAGUAAAAGGCAAUGUGUUUUGAUCUUGUUUCAACCAGAUAUAGUUUGGCUGUUGUCCUUGCGUUGCGUCCUUCAUGCUUAAGAAAGCUCCCAAUUCGCUCCUGUUUGUCCGAUUUAUACACAGAACGGAAUUGUUCAUAAUUUAUAUUUUGUUUCCAGGUAUUUUUUCUUCACUAAAAGUGAAAUUUAACAUGAAACGUAGAGUUGGAUUUUUUAUCAUCGAAACAUACAUCCCAUCAUGCAUCAUCGUCGCACUAAGUUGGAUAUCAUUUUGGAUUCCUCCAGACUCGGUCCCAGCUCGCGUUGCGCUCGGUAUCACGACAGCUUUAACCAUGGUAACGAUAAGCGGAAGUGCUCGUGCAGGUUUACCACGUGUUAGUUACGUCAAAGCCAUUGAUUGGUAUUUGCUUAUAUGUUUGUUAUUCGUAUUUGGCGCCAUGUUGGAGUAUACACUUGUCAGUAUUUGCUACCUCAAAAAUAGACAUCAUUAUUCGGAUCCGAGUAAAUACGAAGGAGAUGUGGUAAGCUGUAAAAUUAAGAUUUUCUGACGAAUAUUUUGUACUAGUUUGACUAUAGUUACCAAAAUGGGUCCGGACUGUGUUGGCAGAAUUUGUUAGACCGUUCAUCUUAAUAUUUCAACAGCACGGUUGAUUGGGUCCGCUCAAAUGCUCUUACGCUGCCACUGGAUGGUUGCUUCAUUAUGCAAAAAAAAAAUUGUCUAUACAGACAUUUUCUUGAUUGACUAUGAUAGUUGUCGCCAAAAAUAUCGCCCAGGUUUGGUUCACUGUAAUGUCUCGGUCCAGAACGCGGAAUUUUUGAAAUAGUAUUUCGUGUACUUGUUCUUGUAGUCCACGCGGUGUACGUAUGUUUCAAGUUAUAACUGUACAUAUUUGUGAUUUUCAGGAAAAUGGCUCGUAUUACCAAGAUAAGUCAGAACUAGAAUGUGGUUGGCUAGACUCCAAGGAAGAGAACAAUCCAAGGUCUAAUGGCGGCUUGAUCAGAAAUGUGAGUCAAAAUAUGUCCUCAUUAAAUACUUUAAGAUAAAAUAUUUUGAAAAGAAAAAAAGGAUAACAGCUUCCCACGAGCGGUAAUAUCGAAACUUCACACGCUCAUCUUAGCCAGAUUAACUUGUUAGAUUUUUAGUCAUCCUAUCUAACCAAUGAUUUGAAAAUUACCCAACAGCCGACAAAACAAUGACCAAUUUAACCAACCAACCAACUAAACAAGCAAAUAAACAAACGAAUAAAACAAACAACAGACUAGUUAAUCGACAAGACAUUUUUACAAAUUCUGCUAACUUUUUCUUGUUCUCGGCACAUAUUUCAUUUAGUACCUGCCAAUUUCCGGACGAACGACGUACGCUCGAAACGUCAAAAUUUAUAUUUUUCAGAUAGUUAGAUCCUUCAACCAAGCACGUGAAUAUUGUUCCAUCACUACAUGCACUGGAACUCAACAUUCAAGAUAUUUCGUUUUUCUGGGAAAAUGGAAGGAAACGAUGUUGCGAGAGAAUGUUCUUCGUUUUGAAAGUUCUGCAUGCUCUUUGCAUGAAACGUCGUAUUUAUUUACAUUCUUAUCACAGUCAAAAUCUCUAUCCGCAUCAGGGAUAUGAUAAUUUAAGAUGUGUGUUUAUACACAGAGCGCUUAAUUUCCAUUUAGAAGAAUUCCUGCUCUGUAUUAAUGGAAAGAUCUGGUUCAGGUUUCUCAAAUAUCUAGUGAAAAUGCACAUCCUCUUCUAAUUUGAUCCAAAUUUCCCGGUCACAUAUGUCCGAAGGCCAAACAUUUUGUGUUCUAUUCAACAAUUUGACCGUUCUGACCAUGUUAAUUAAAAACGCCCACAAAUAUAUCAAUUAUCUUCUUUCUUUUAACAACAGGGUGGAAGCUUCUUACUACGAAAGUCUCGACGUCAAUAUAACAGUCGUACUGACAAAAAUGGCAUUACUAAAUUAGCGAACAAAGACAAUUUUCCCAUGAUUAUUACCAAUCCAGUGAACAUUGACAGAGUCGCAAGAGUGGUGUAUCUUGUGUUGUUUGUUCUCUUCAACACUUUAUACUGGAGUAUUUUUGUUUGGUUAAACUGAAUUAAACUGCAUUGUCCUUCGGAAUGGAAUAACUGCAGACGUAGUUGUCAAGGAAAGCGUCUUUUCCUGUGGAGAAGAUUUGUUACAAAUGUGCUUCUCAAAUAAGCAACGUUAGAGAAACGACGUUCAAUACAGAGAUCCUUCGACGCUAGAAGGCGAAUGUCUGCAAAAGUAUGCAUGAUUUUCAAGAAGUAACCUCUUCAAUGAAACUAUUGUCCACGGCGAUUAAUAACAACAUAGUUAUUAUAUCCUAGACCGAACGUUGAGAGUUUUACUAAUAUUUCAUAUAUUAAUAUAUAAUAUAAUAACCAUAAUUCUAGAUAGAAGUUCUAAGGAGUACAUAACGAGAGUACUACAUGAAGAAGUCGAAGAACAGUCCGUUAUUGAGGCUGCCCUGGAGAAAUGAAAGAUACGUCUAAAAAUAUCGUUAUUUUCUACUGAACGCCAGUAUGGCAUUCGUGAAAGAUAAUUAACAAGAUGAAAGCUACCAAAAAACGUUAUAUAAUUUACAAUGAUACGCUUUUGUUCGCCUAUCAUGCAUGCAGGCUUACAAGAUAACAUAAGAGUGUGAGCUAUAAGCGAUUCCCUUUUAGUUAAAUUAACGGAUUUACGAUAUUUCAUUUGUAAAAUGAAAGUAUAAAUGAUUGAAAAACUAUAUAGACCAGUUUUUAAAUUAUUAAGCAGUAGCUCUGAAGAAAUUCUAAUUUUGCAUGCAGUCAAGGCAUAGGAGAUACAAGCUUGGUUCUCUUUCCUUGGAGCCCGAGUACUUAUAUCAAUAAAAUUUUAGAUUCUUACAGACUUACAUUAUUUAUUUCCGACAUAUAAUAAGUUCCAUCUAUCCACCUAUAUGUCUUCUUUAAUGCAAAAACUGAAAACAGUUAAUAUAGUCUAUGGUUUCCAGUUUCAAUUUGGAACACCAGUAGUUUUAUCAUUGACAUUUUGACGUUUCCGUUAAAUAGUUUUUGAUGUGGAUUGCUGGGUGUAGGCAAG